CUAACUGUUGCGGAACUCUCUAUGCUCCCUUCCCCGUCCGGCGAGGUGGUUUCCGAUGGACCCAUCUCCUACGUCGCUGCUGUCAAAGGUGGUUCACCACCUAAGAUACCAUCCCCAUCUCUUCCUCUAAAGCCAAUUUCCAAGUUCAAGGGUUUGCCCUCAAUCUCCUUCUCUCAGGAGGAGGUUGACGUUUUAUCUUCAAAAUUUCAAUUCGCACUAGUUGGUGUUUUUAACGAUGGAAGACCCUCUUUCCAGACGAUCAAAGCUACGCUCGAGUCAAUUGGAUUCGAAGGAAAUUUCCAGGUUGGGUUUCUAGAUGACAAAUGUGUUCUUAUCAAUUUUAUGAAGGAAUCAGAUUAUAACCGUCUGUUUAUGAGGAGAUAUUGGAAUAUAAGAGGCUUUGUGAUGAAAAUUUUCAAGUGGACACAUGAUUUUGAUCCCUCCAAUCUCCCACCAAUUGUGCCCACUUGGAUAUCUCUGCCCGGAUUACCAAUACAUCUUCAUCAAAAGUCUGCUCUAAUGUCUAUUGCCAACAUGAUUGGACAACCUAUGACUAUUGAUGCUGCAACUGCUACCUUUAGCAGGCCAUCCCUGGCUCGGGUAUGUGUGGAACUUGAUCUCUCCAAAGAAAAUCCUAAAAAGAUUCAUAUUUUGGAUGGUGAUAGGCACAUUUUUCAAGAGGUUAUUUAUGAAGCACUCAAAGCCUUUUGUACAGUUUGCAAGAAAACUGGCCACUCCAACUCCGACUGUAAGAAGGCUGGAAAAAGGGUUUCGAGUGAUAUCCCUCAAAUCCCUCAGAAAUCUGCUUCUGAACAAAAAGAAAACCAAUCUCGAGGUGAAUGGCAAAUUGUCAAGAAGAAAGGGACAAAACAAGGAGCAUCUACAAGUGGCUUCAAACCUGAGGCUAACCCCUCCAACUCAGCUGUGAAUAUGCAGGCACCUCAGGAGAACACCUCAGUUCAGGUUAACCCUAUAAAUAAUCACUCCCAAGGAACUUCAUCACCUUGUGAGAAGGACAAUUCUAUCACACCGAACUCCUCCCCACCCACAGAUGAUAUGAUUAUUGUUGAGGAGGAGGAUCUUCAGAAGCCUGAUGAUGUGGAUGGUAAGAAGGAGACACUCCAAGAGCCAGAUGAUGUGGAUGGUAAGGUGACUGAUAAGGGCACCUCCGAGGUUCAAUCCGAUGAAACACAGGUUCUGGAACGCUCUAACCUUCCAGACUAUGAUCAUCUUCACGCAGUGGAAAAUAUCUCUGAAUCACUCUCUGAUAGUGAAAUUUUGGCAAGGAAAACCAGGGAAACCACCCUUGUUACUGAACCUAUAGCUAGCCGGACAAGAUCCAGGCUUCCUCUGGACUUUCCUCCUCACCUCCAUGGUUAAGUCCAUCUUCUGGAAUGUCUAUGGGAUAGAAUCUCGGUUGAAGAGGCUAUCUCUGCUUAUUAAGAAUCACAAUGUUGAUGUGGCCUUUAUAUUUGAACCUAUUGUUAAUAGAAAGAAGAUGAAUUUUUUCAAACUCAGACUGGGGAUGGAUCAGAUUAUCUCUAGUAUUUCAAAUAAAAUUUGGGUUGUUUGGAAGAUGAACUCCCUCAACCUGGUUUCUUAUGAGGAUAAGGGUCAGGUUCUCCACUGUCUAUUUAAACUCAGCAGUACUUCCACCCUCAUACAUAUCUCUGGUAUCUAUGGUGCUCACAAUGAGGUCAACCGAACCACUCUUUUUGCUGAAAUUGUGGAUUAUGCAAGAAAGGUUGUCUCUAUCCCUUGGUUUCUAGGUGGAGACUUCAAUGCAAUCUCUUCAGUGGCUGAGCAUAAAGGGAAAUGUGACCC